AUGAGUUCACCCAAAAAGCAAUCAAGUAAAAGAGAUGAUCCCAUCUCUUGUAUUAUUGAACCUUCAAAAGUACUUGGAGGGUUGUAUUUAGGCAACAUGGAAGCUGCAAGUGAUCCUUACACUUUAUCUUAAUAUUAAAUCAAAGCCAUUUUGACUGUGUGUCCUCAGAGCAUCCCCUCAUCAACCAAGAUUAAGCUGAACUUCUAUCAUCAAUGCAUGGCUGACGACGAGGAUGACUACCAAAUAAGCAAGCACUUUGAUGAAUCAUUCAGAUUCAUUGAAGCCUCUCGCAGAUCAACAAAUGUCUUGGUGCACUGCCAAAUGGGGAUAUCAAGAAGCGCAGUUAUCGUUUUGGCUUACCUCAUAAAAAAAGACCUGAUUGGAGCGAGAGAGGCUCUGGAGUAUGUGGAAUAGAGGAGGUCAAUCAUCUUCCCCAAUAAUGGGUUCUUGAGGCAACUGGGCACAUUUGAGAGACAGGUGUUCAACGAUGUGAUAAAUGAAGCGAAUUGCAAUAGGAGAAUUGCAAGUCCCAAGCAAGUGGAGAGAGAUUACAAGCAAAAGCAGUUUGAUGAUGAUUUCGAGAUGAAACUCCAGAGAUUGAAGGAGUCCAACAAAUAGCAGCACUUCCAUUACGAACAAUAAUACACUAUACCGAAGUCGAAUGUCUACAGAAAACAGGAGAAUACUUUAUUUUCUAAUUUAUACUAUAAACACUAUUGA